GCGAGCCGCGGAAUCCCGGGCCGGAACGGCCCCGAACGGCGCCGGGUCGGGAGGCGGCCCUGGGAGCGGCAGCGGCGCCCCAGACCCGAUUCCUUCAGUGCAGCCACGCCGGGCGCGGGCACUUCUGCUCGUCCUGAGUGAGGUGCAGCCUCUCGAGAAGUUGCUGUGCGUGCUGAGUUCUGUUUGGUGCUGGUUUCCGCGUGUGUUGCUACAGCUUUCCGAUGGGGCUAAAACCAGCUGUCAAAAGAUAUGAAACGAGAAAUAAGACGGCAGGGACAGAAGUGGCAUCAUCCAAAUCCCGAGUCGAUUGGAGACGCACUAGAAGAGCGCUCAUACUUCUUGACAGCAAUGACGAAUCCUCAGCCACCUCUGAGGAGGAGGAGGAGUCUGCCACAUCCGAAAGUGAAAUAGAUGAGAAAGAUCAAACGGCUGUGGAGAGCAGUCCUUCAGAUCAGGAGGAGAAAGACCGCCGUGGGGAAGUUGCAGAAGAUGGUGAUGAUGAGUGCGUUGUGCCUGGGAAGCGUAAGAGGUUGAGCACCUCUGUCAUGUACGACAGCGAUGAAAGUGAGGGCAGUGACAUACUUGUUAGAAAGGUUUCUGCCAAACGCCGCUGUAUCCUGGAUGACGACCAGAAUUCUGAAGAACAGCAGCCUGAUAAAACAUGCCCUACAGAGAAUGUUUCUACUAGUAGGAAACAGAAAGUGCUUGCAAAAUUGAAAGAACUUGUGAGACAAAGCACAGCUCGCGGAUCCUGCAGCAGUGCAAAUUGUGAGGAUUCUAAUAGUGAAGCAGCAGUAGAAGAGGAGCCAUUCUGUCAGUUGCCUCUCACAUCAUCAGAAGGCAGUGAAACUGACGGUGACAGCAUGAAAGAUUUUAUAGUAGAGGAAGAGGAAAAUGAUGAUGGUGAUGACAUUGACAACACAGAGCAUGUGAAGAAUGAAAAUCAGCCACAUCAAAAGCAACCAAAUCCAUCAAACAGUGAGCUGCUGGCACACUACAUCCCACAGUUAUCUCGCUGUGAUCAUUAUGUACACUUCAAAAGAAUAGUAAAGGCUUUCCUCAUAAAUGCAAUUGAUGACUCUUUUCUGAGCUCAUUAUAUGAUGGAACGAGACAAAAGAAGUAUGCACAAGAAAUGCUGCUCUCGCUUCAUUAUUUGGACAACCGCUUCAUUCAGCCUCGUCUUGAGAACUUAAUCUGUAGAAGUCGCUGGAAGGAUCGAUACAAGGACCGUGUGGAUUGUUACCCAGAUGUUCGCAUAAGCUUGCAAAAUGCAGAAAAUAUGUCUUGUCAGGCCUGUGAGCUGAAGCGGUGGUGUAAGUUCAACAUGUUGCUCUCUGGAAGGCUUUAUAAUAGUGAAACUUUGGAAGUGGAUGACUUCAUGUCAGAAGAUAAACAGGUUUUGAAGGUUGGCACGGUGUGUGCAAAUCGUACAAGAGUUUAUCACAACUUGAAACACUUCAAGUACAAGUUAUACAUGAAUUGCUGCUCCAUUGUUGAAUCAGAUGGUGUUGAGGAUGAACCAGUCAAAGACACUGUAGAGCGGCUUUUCAGCCACUUGGAAGAGACUGGGUGGAUUCAGAAGAGAUACAAUGAACUUGAAGAUUACAUGGAAGAUGCAGACAAUUUUCAAGAAGAAAAAAUUGAUUAAGAGGUCAUAUAGCUCUUUGAAAGACAUCUUUAAAAAUGUGAAUGGCCUACUUCAUCUGCAUGCACUUUAUCUCUGCCCGGACUUCAAGAUUUCUAUGUAGGCUGUUACACCUAAAUUCAUAUGCCUUUAAAUUAGUUUGAUAAUGUGCUGUAUCUUUUUUUUCUUAUCUGUAUCAAUACAAAUCCAAAGUUUUACCAAAUCAGUCCUUCCAGUCUUACUGCAUUAAUCACUUUAAGUUUACUACUGUUAGUAAUAUCAGUUCAAUAUCUAUUUACUUGUGAAAUAAAAUUCCCACCUAUUCAGAUUGAGCAGCUUUGUAGAGAACAGAGGAGAUGCUGAGAUCUUUUGAAGUGGGCAUAUUGGAAAGGUAAGGCUUUCUUAUACUAGAACUUAAGACUUGUAUCUUACCUUCCUUAUUGCUCAUUAUGUGCAAGUAAGUCCAGUCAGUUAGAAUGAUAGUUACAACAAACAGGACCCAAAUGCAAUUUGGUCCUCUGGGGAAUCAGUAUUUCUCCUCUCCUCUGAGGGAAUCACUAUAGACAGUUGCAAGGCAACAGAGGAAAUGCUCUGCAGUCCUGACUGCAUUUGCACCACAGUAGUCAUUCCUCUCUUGAGAAAGUAGGUGAUGAGUCACAGCAUGGGCGUCAUACAGACUGAGCCUGGCUUAGCCAUCUAAAUGAACACAUGGGCCCACAUUGCUGUCUCUGAUAAGUGGCUGGGGCAAUUUACUGAGAUUUUAAACAUCAGGUUACAUUGUGCAAACGUAAUGGCAGCAACUUGGAGUAACUGCAGUCCUAGGAGAAUGGAUUAAUAUGCCCAUGCAAGAUAAGCAAGAAUUCUUCCAGUGUAACUUAACAGAAAGAAGGAGUUAGUCAGAAACAAGAUGCAUGGCAUGCCAGAAUUGCAUGAAACCCAAAUCAGAGUAGAUUUUGAAGGAUUUUGGAAGGGCUAAGUAUGGUACUGCCCAUUCUGAAAAAUUGGACAAGAACUGUAAAUAUGUGCUCACAGCCCAGAAAGCCAACUGUGUCCUGGGCUGCAUCCAAAACAGCAUGGCCAGCAGGCUGAGGGAGGUGAUUCUGCCCCUCUGCUCUUAUGAAACCCUACCUGGAGAGCUGCAUCCAGCUGUAGGGUCCCACCACAGGAAAGACAGGACAUGCUGGAGCAAUGGCUCAGCAUGUGACCCAGAGGAGGGUCACUAAAUUGAUCACAGGGCUGGCUGUACAUAGGCUGAGAGAGUUGGGGUUGUUCAGUCUGGAGAAGGGAAGGCUCUGGGGGACCUUAUUGCAACCUUUAACUAUUUAAAGGGGGCCUACAAGGAAGAUGGAGAGGGACUUUUUACCAAGGCCUGUAGUGACAGGACAACAAGUUUUAAACUCAAAGAAGGUAGGUAUAGAUGGCCAUAGGGGGAGAAAUUUUUUACUGUGAGGUUUAUGAGGCACUGGCACAGAUUACCCAAAGAAGAUGUGCGUGCCCGCCCCUGGAAGGGUGUUAAGGUUAGGUCAGGAUGGGGCUUUGAGAAACCUGGUAUACUGGAAGAUAUUCCUGGCCCUUAUGAUCCUUAAAGGUCCCUUCCAACCCAAAUUACUCAGUGUUUCUGUCCCUGUAUUUUGGGCUGCAUAUAAAAAGAAUCAGAUAUAGCCUAAGAUAAAAUGCAGGGCACAGUGUUUUGAAUCCUACAUCUUGCUGUAUGCGCAUACUCUAUUAGUCUUUUGUGGCUGAACAACUUAGUGAAAGAUACUGUUAACACACUGAAUCCUUUUAACAUGUUACUCUCAGCAGUAAAACUAAUGGAACCUGAUUUCUCAUAGAUUUGUCCAUAAGAAGUCACCACAUUUGUUUUGCCACUUUACUGGGAACAGAUAUGCCAGUUGGGUAGGCAACUGCUACCAGAUGUAUUGCUUAACAAUGAAUAUCUGCUGCCUUUUUUACAUAUCGUUCCUUAGAUUUAUCAUUCACUACUCUUUUUUUUCUAGCAUUCAUUGUGAGAAAUUAACUGCUUUUACUUUUUUAAGGAUUUGAAAUUCAGCAAUGCUUUAAAUGCUAUUAGGCUGAGUUAGUAGCAUCAGUACUCGUUUUUACCACAUGUAGAUACAAGAUACACAAAACCAAGAUGAAAAUUCCUAGUAAACAGAUUGAGAAUUGCUCUCAAGUAAACUUACAUUGAAGAUAUUUUUCCAUACCUACUGAGGUUUGGUAUGUCUUAUAUCUAUCUCUCUGAUUACCAAAGCUGAAGGUUUCCCUCCCUAUUCUCUGUUCUGGGAAUAUUGGUGGGAACACACCCAUCAACUUAAAAGUACUCAGGAAUCUAUCUUGAAUAUAUCCCUUUUAGUUAUUGAUACCUCACUUCUUUCUGUUAACAAAAUCUCUGUAUAGUUUGGUUUGCUUCUCUAGAACAUAACAUACAUUUGGUGUACCUUAAUUCUUACAAAGGAGAAAACCAUUAUGAAAUGAGUUCUGUACCAUGUAAUAGAAUAUGUCCUCUUAGAGCCUUCCUGGCUGGUCCUGACUUUUGCUACCAUAUGAAUAUUCUGAAAACUCUCAAGUCUAUGACUUUGCUUUAAAAUUUUGUUGUCAAAAUGAAUGGCUGAUCUCUCAUUUUGCUACAUUAAAACAAUUCACUACCAAAAUAAAGAAUAAGUUUGUGAAACUCUG